UCCCUUGUUUGUUAUUUUUACUGUCCCAUCCAAGUCCUGUUAUUAUGUUGUCUUGUCUGCCCUUGAUUUUAUUUUCUUUGUUUUGCCUUGUCCUGUCUGUCUCCCAGUCUGUCUUGUCUCGUCCGUCUACCCCUUGGUGAGCACCUGGAGGUGCUCAUUAAAGGGGGGGCUUCUGUCAUGGCUCUGCUUCAUUUAGUCAUGUUUUUCUUGGUCCUGUAGCAGAGCCAUGACAAAGUCUUUGGUUAUGUGUGGAGAGAAACAUAUUAUUGUCCUUUUGACAAUAAUAUGCGUUCUCUCCAGUGUCUCGUCAUUGGCCCCGCUCCUCUCGUUUCCUUGUUAUCUUUCCCUGAGUGUUUGAUUACCCACACCUGCCCCGUGUCGUUAUCCCUCGUUUGUCUUCCCUAUAAAUGCCCUCAUGUUUCUUUGUCCUGUGAUCGUGUAUUGCAUGUGUACAUACGUUUGAUGUGCUGUGUUUACCUGUCCUGUGUGCUUACUAUUGUGAGUAUUCACCUUGCCGUGUUGGUUCUUUUGGUUUUCCUGCCCCUGGACGUUGUGUCGUGUUUUGUUUGGUUUUGUUUUGCCCCACCGAGGGAAGUGUUUGGUUUCUGGUUUAAUUAUUAAAGUCUUGUUUUGUUAACCCCUUCACACCUGCCUGCGCUUGGGUUCUUCUCUCCACGCACCAUCGUGACACCUGUAGUCUGAGCCAGGUUUAUGAUUUUAAAUAAGAGAAUCUGUCAAGAUUCUCCUUAUGUGUGUGCUGCAACCAGAAUUUAAAAUUUUGGACAGACGAGAGAGUAAUGAUACCGGGCGGGGUUUUCUGUGAAAUUGUACCGGUAAAUGUAGAUAAACUGUCUGGAUUGCAUUUACAUUACACUGAGAUCCGAUCACAAUGCGUCCUCGACUACCUCUGGAUCAGGACACGCUGAUCGGAUGACAUUCCGAUCAGAAGCGCGUUUACACUUGUCUUUUCAAUGUGUAUGUAGACAACAUCCAGAUACAGGUCGCAUGUUAAUGCCAAAUAUAUACCCUUUGUUUGACAAAUAUGCAUUCUAAUGAAAACAGACAAAACGCAUGACUUAAUGUUUGCGAUGUUCGAUGGGAUGCAAGAUGCCCUGAUCAAAAAAUGAUCAGUAAUUUAUAUCUAGUUUUUACAUUAACACAUUAAUGUAACUUAAAGUUUUUCAAGACUGAAGUCAGAUUAAUUUUGUUUAAAUUUAAAUGCAUUAUACAGCCAAAGUAAUGUAAAACAAUACAUUUAGUGUAAAUUUAUAAUAGUGAAACACUAUAAUAAAAUAAAAUAUUUGCUGUCAUAUUUACAAAACAUAAAUAUCCAAUAAAAAAUACAAACCUCAGCAAGAGAUCGGUUCACCAACGCUGUUGACCGCAGCGAUCUCUUUCCAAAACUGUUUUUUGCUUCCUUUGAUUCCGCUUUCCAAGGUUAAACUUUAUUUUCUAAAUCGGAAAAGUUCCUCUUUUUUGCCGGAUUACGUUUCUACAUGUCGCAGUAUCUAGGGUCGAGGCGUCUACACCCUGAAUUUAUAGGGGCGUUAUAUGUCAAUUAUAAGGUAAGAUCAUUCGUACGGGCAGACACAGACAGCUGCCACAGGACCAUAGACUCUGUCCACACUGUGAUCUCAACAACAUUGAGACGGAACUCCACUUCCUAAAAGAAUGCACAAAAUACACGGAUAUACGGACAAUGUUUUACGGAAAAAUCAAGUCCAUACACCAGACUUUUGAAAGUCUGUCAAACGAUGAGAAACUGCCAUAUCUGUUAGGAAAACACAAGGACUGCUGUGUGUUAGCUGCACAAUAUGUGUCUGCCUGUCAUAACAAAAAAGAAAACAAUGAAUCUGCCCUGACCUGAUGUUUCCAAAUGUACAUAACAUUAUAUUAUUAUAUCCCUUUAUUCUGCUACUUGGUCCGUGUAACGCUUUGCAGUUCUUUUUUCAAUUUUCACCAUCAAAAUUAAUCAAAUGAAAAUUGGUUUCAAACGUUCAUUUUCAAUUUUCAUGGGUACUUCACAAAUGGAUAAUUGUCUCUCAGUUUCAUUUUCAAUUAUACGUGUUUGGGUAAUUGCUUCAGAAUUUCAGAUUUUCGAACAAACACAAAAAUUACUUGUUUUUUUAAUUUUACAUUUAUGUGCUUGCGCUUGCAGCUGGAUCCUACCAUUAUCGCCGGUAGUAGGGGUUUAAAGUGCGUACUACUGUUUAUAUCAGAUCACCGUUAUCUUUGCACGUUAACCACAUUCAGUGUUGCCAACUUGGCGACUUUGUCGCUAGAUUUAGCGACUUUUCAGACCCCUUUAGCGACUUAUUUUUCAAAAAGCGACUAGCGACAAAUCUAGCUACUUUCUGAAUGAACUUUGGCGACUUAGCGAAACAUUCUGCUUUACUUCUAUUGCCCAGCGAGAGCGAGUUUUUGCCUUCCCAGCGCAGCACCGCCUCUCUGUGUCUACUCUGUUCAGUGAGCGGCAGGGAAAAGCAGCACAUUUAUGGCGUUAUUUUAAUGACAAAUGUCGUGAGCGCAUUAUUACAAGGCGAGAGCGCAUUCUUGUCAUACGAGCGCGCGAAUCUCUCCGCUCGCACGCCGAUUUCCUUUGCUCGCGCACAAAACUGGACGCGCGCUUUCAAUUAUACGCUGCUCUCUUAUGAAUGUUCUCUCCUCUCGCUCAGUGAGCGUGUGCGCACUCAAAAUGCGUGCCGUGCGUCCACGAAUCCUUUGGUACUCUUGCUCUCGAGACGUCCUCCUGGCGUGUGCCAGGCAUUAUAGGCUGUCAAAAGUAGUCAACCAAUCAGGGAUAGGCUUCACGGCGGGCCAAUGAAAACGCGACCUCUUACAUGCCAUCUUAUUGGUUGAAAGUGACUCGGGGUAUUCAACGACGCAAGAUGGAUCCACCACGUUCUCAGGUCCUGCUUAGACGACUAGUUUUGGAGAGGUUGUUAAAUAAACUGCAGUAUGUUGUUAGCCAUUCUGCCUCAGGCCUUGACCUGGAUUAUCUCCAUUUCAUCUGCACACAUGAAGUAAUACUUAUUGAUGCACUAGAAGAACAAAAUGUUGUCCCUGAUUGUAUUGUAAAUGCUCUUCGAGAGCUCUGUACAAUGGUGAGAGGACAGGUUGAGAAUGAAACACUUCAAAUUGAACUGGAGGCAGUUGCAGGAGUUAUGGGACGACCUAAAUACAUAAUAGAAAAAGAGAAGCUCAGGUCUUUACUAGACAUUCAGCUGCCCAUUCCUUGCAUAGCUAAACUCUUGGGAGUUAGUGAAAGAACAGUUUUUCGUAGGAUGAUGGAGUUUGAGUUGUCUGUGUCAGACUCAUACAGUACACUGAGUGACCAGGAGCUUGAUAUGUUAGUGUCCAACAUCAAGUCAGAAAUGCCUCAUGUGGGAUAUAGAUUGAUGAUGGGAAGGCUGAGAUCUUUAGGUCACAGGAUACAGUGGAGCAGAUUGAGGGCCUCAAUGCACAGAAUAGAUGCAGUUGGUGUUUUUUCCCGUAUGACACAGCUAGGCUGUAUAGUGAGGAGAAAAUAUUCUGUUAGGGCACCUCUCAGUCUAGUGCAUGUGGAUACGAACCACAAACUGAUAAGAUACAACCUUGUCAUUUUUGGGGGCAUUGAUGGCUUUUCCAGAAAGAUAAUGUACUUGGAUGCAUCUAACAAUAACAAGGCAUCAACUGGCUUCACCUUUUUUUUAGACUCUAUUGAGCUGAAUGGACUGCCUUCAAGGGUUAGAGCUGAUCAAGGAGUUGAAAACCUCGACAUUGCGCGGUUCAUGUUCACUGUAAGGGGAACAGAUCGAGCAAGUUUCAUCUCUGGAAAAAGUGUACACAAUCAAAGGAUUGAGAGGCUCUGGCGUGACGUGUGGACAGCAGUGACUGUCACGUAUUACGAUGUCCUGCAUAGUCUUGAAGAAGAUGGCCUACUGGACAUCUCAAGCGCACUACACAUCUUCCUUGUCCACUUUGUGUUUUUACCCCGUCUCCGCAAAGACUUGCAGACAUUUGCUGAGGGCUGGAACCAUCACCCCCUCCGCACUGAGCGCAAUAUGAGCCCCCAGCAGUUGUGGGAGGUGGGACUUCUACAGAACAGCACUCACGAGCCUGAGAAUGUAGAGGGUGAAGAGGACUUUGACAUAGACUGGGAAAGUGCCAUCUUCCAUGAGGAAUCAUUAACAGAAUGUGGAGUUGUGAUCCCUGAACUUUCCCCCUCCCUAAAUGAGCAAGAAAUGCAACACCUCCAAGCUUCUGUUGAUCCUACAGCCACAUCAUACUCACAUGGCCGAGACAUCUUUGUUCAGUGCCUUAAUAUUUUUCGUUGA